AUGGGAAGGUCAGACUCAGCAUUGUGGUCAAGAAAGAUUAGAAUUUUUCCACGCUGAAUUUAACACACGUGCGUGUCAGUAUGUAGGUUGGAAACGAAAGGACCUUUAGACAAAUGACGUCAUAUGUUGUGUUACUGCCUGAUCCACGCAAAGACAGACUCGGGUCAAACCACGGCCGACUUGAAACACCAACGACACGUUGAACUUUCACGAAACUACACGGUGGUUUCGAACACAGUCGAGUUGGGAACAUUCUUGCCAUGUCUGUUCAACAGUGUUUAGCUUGCAACGCAGUGGUUCCCAGAUCAAGCAAGUCAUGUCAGUGUGGUCACGUGUUCGAAGACGUCAGACAAAUUGCAGGGAAGAGAUUUUCAGAAUAUCGCGCCGAGUUGUACUGGCGACUGGAAAGCAAACGAAUGAAAGCCUUGUCAAAGGAAAAUACGCCAUUUGUAAACGAGGUGACGCCUACGGACCAAAACAAUAACGUGCGGGACGAGGACAACAAAGGAUCGAAUAAGGAGGUUGUGAAGGAGCCAUCUGCUCGCGGGUUAACAGAAGUCUCAAGGAAAAGGAUGUUUCAGCCCAGAGUCAAAGGCCUGUAUUCUGCAAGUAAAGGAGACCGUAAGUCGUCUACAAUGACGUACUCUUACGUACAACCCAGCAAUGAUAAAGCAGUCUCACCUGAAGAACUGCGCAGGCUCUCUAAAGCUCUGGAAGAAAUCAACAGAAAGAUUCACUCACAGAAUCUGGUGUGGAAAACCUUACUUUAAAAAGUUGGUGAAUUUUGACAACAAGCCGUGAUAUGGGCUAGCUGUUGGAGAUGCUUGUUGGUAGUUGUUGCUGAUCUGUGUUUGAAAUCAUUUGUUGUGAACAACUAUCAGUUUAUUCUGUCUCUUUUCGAGUUCCGUGAGGGAUCAUUCCGGCUAAGACGGUGUCCUUACUGAUGAAAUGAACGUAAAUGGAGCGGUAUCUCUGAAACCGCUGUUGACAAGAAUCAUGGCAUGGCGAUUGUUUAAAACACCUGUUGAAGUUCAUCGCUACAAAUAAAACCACUGGAUAAUUUG